CCUCACUUACUGGUACUCGGUCAGUGUGGAGGUUCAGUUGCCUGGCUGCUGCUAAUAUUGGAGAAAUAUGUAGUGAAAGGAAAAAAAAGAGGUUGUAAAGAUGGCAACUGUUGAAGCUGAAGGCGGCGUUGAAGAACAAACCAGGCCCAAGUGGGAUAGUAAAUUCCAGUACCUUUUAAGCUGUGCUGGAUUUGUUGUGGGUCUUGGAAAUGUGUGGCGUUUUCCAUACCUGUGCCAAACCUAUGGAGGAGGAGCAUUCCUGAUUCCAUACAUCACCGCGUUUCUGUUGGAAGGCACCCCUAUAUUUUUUCUUGAAUUAGCUGUAGGGCAACACAUGAGAAAAGGCAGCAUUGAAGUCUGGUGGCACAUCUCGCCUUACCUAGGAGGACUGGGUUACACUUCUAUGAUAGUGUGCUUCCUACUGAUUGUCUAUUACAAUAUGCUUAUGGCCUGGAUUCUGUGGUAUAUUAUAAACUCUUUCCGAAGCCCGUUACCUUGGAGUUCCUGCCCAACAGAUACCAGCAAACCAGAACUUAUUGAAGAAUGUCAGAAAAGCACACCUACCAAUUAUUUCUGGUAUAGGUACACUUUAAACAUAAGCACAGAUAUUGCAAACAGUGGUCCGCUUCUGUGGUGGCUGGUUUUAUGUUUGGCAGCCUGCUGGAUAAUUGUGUACAUUUGUACAAUACGAGGAAUUGAAUCAACUGGAAAGGCAAUAUAUUUUACAGCCACUUUACCUUACAUAAUUCUAACAUUAUUCCUUAUUUAUGGACUGACUCUCCCAGGAGCCGUUAACGGAUUAGUCCACUUCAUGACUCCUAAUGUCAAGAAACUCUACAAUCCACGUGCCUGGCUUGAUGCAGCCACCCAGAUUUUUUACUCUCUUUCUUUAGGACUUGGGGGACUCAUAGCAUAUUCAAGCUACAACCCAAAAAAAAAUGACUGUGAACUGGAUGCUGUCAUGAUAGCAAUAAUAAACUCUUUGACUUCUUUGUUUGCCUCAGUCCCAAUUUUUUCAAUUCUGGGGUUCAAAGCAACAGUGGCCUAUGAAGAAUGCUUGGAUAGAAAUGUUAAAUACAUCACCAAGGUAUUCAGGAAGGAUAACAUGACUGUAGACAGCAACGCAUUUUGGCUCAGUUCCUUGAACGGAACAGAUAUCAAUAAACAUGCAUUUCCCAAACUGAAAAAUUGUGAUCUCCAGUAUUUCCUUGAUCAGAGUGUUUCUGGAACCGGCUUGGCCUUUAUUGUGUUUACUGAAAUCAUGGUUAAGAUGCCUGGAUCGAACCUUUGGGCGGUUCUGUUUUUUCUCAUGCUGUUCAGUCUUGGUAUAUCUUCCAUGUUUGGACUCGUUCAAAGUAUCUUGACGCCUCUCACAGAAUCUCGCAUUAUGUCUAAAUACAUAUGCAAGGAGGCUAUAUGUGGUUUAAUAUGCCUUUCUGCCUUUCUGGUGGGCCUGCUUUUUGCUCUGAGAUCAGGAAGCUACUGGCUUGAGAUGUUUGAUUCCUAUGCGGGGGCCCUGCCUUUGCUCAUCAUUGCUUUCUUUGAAGUGGUCGGUGUUGUAUAUAUGUAUGGAAUGAAAAGAUUCAGUGUAGAUGUGGAAGAGAUGAUAGGAAGACCACUAAAAGUAUAUUGGAAGGCAAUGUGGCAAUUUUUCGCCCCAGGGAUAAUGCUCCUAAUUUUUUUGUUCUACAUGUUUAUUAAGCCACCACCAAUCUACAAUACUUGGAACCCAAAUUAUGAAAAUUUUCCUGCAAAAGAGUCAAAAAGGUAUCCUAUCUGGGGUAUCGUCAUCGCUGAGAUUCUGGAAUUUGCACCAUGCUUGAUGAUCCCUUUUGGAGCCAUUUACCAACUUUGGAGAAUUGUGAAGGAAAAGAAACAGCUACAAAUAAUACAUCCAGACACCAGCACUGGUAUAACCUCAUCUUAACUUUUGUUUCAGCGAUCUGGUCACCCUUGUUUUCCCCAUCCUAUCCUGACCAAU